CGGGCCCCGCGCGAGCUUUCCCGGGAUAAGUAGCUUAGCGAUCGGGGAGAGCCGAGCGCUGCAAGGUGGGACACGGAGACUCGGAGUUGGAAGUGAAGCCAGAAUCCAGUCCGCCAAUUCCCAGUCCAGUGCUUUUUCAACUGUGCACUCAUUGGAGAGAAGAUAUUUUUCCUCAGUUGGCACUAGCACUUCGGUUGGCUGAACCUCUUGUCUGCUGUCUGCUCCAAGAGUCACCUGCUUGAGAUUCCAAUAAUGUCUCAUCCAUCUUGGCUGCCACCCAAAAGCACUGGUGAGCCCCUUGGCCAUGUGCCUGCACGGAUGGAGACCACCCAUUCUUUUGGGACCCCCAGUAUUUCAGUGUCUACACAACAGCCACCCAAGAAGUUUGCACCGGUAGUGGCUCCAAAACCCAAGUACAACCCAUACAAGCAACCUGGAGGUGAGGGCGACUUUCUCCCACCACCACCUCCACCUCUAGAUGAUCCUGGUGCCCUUCCAUCUGGCUCUGGAAACUUUCCUCCUCCACCACCCCUUGAUGAUGGUGCUUUCAAAGUGCAGCAGGGAAAUCCUGGAGGCAAGACCCUUGAGGAGAGGCGCUCCAGCCUGGAUGCAGAGAUAGACUCUUUGACCAGCAUCCUAGCUGACCUCGAGUGCAGUUCCCCUUACAAGCCUCGGCCUCCACAGGGCUCUACUAGUACAACAGCCUCUCCUCCAGUCUCUACUCCUGUCACAGGACACAAGAGAAUGGUCAUCCCAAACCAACCUCCUCUUACUGCAACCAAAAAGUCUGCAACGAAGCCACAGCCUGCACCCCAGGCUGGCCCCAUCCCUGUGACUCCAAUUGGAACACUCAAACCCCAGCCUCAGCCAGUCCCAGCCUCCUACACCACGGCAUCGACCCCUUCAAGGCCUACCUUCAAUGUGCAAGUGAAGUCAGCCCAGCCUAGCCCUCAUUACAUGGGUGGCCUUUCAUCUGGACAGAUUUAUGGCCCAGGGUCCCAUGGCUAUAACACUCAGCCAGUCCCUGCCUCUGGGCAGUGUCCACCUCCUUCAAGCCGGGGAGGCACAGAUUAUGCAUACGUUCCACCACCAGGACCUCAACCCGAGCCUGGGUAUGGCUAUGCCCCCAACCAAGGACGCUAUUAUGAACCCUAUUAUGGAGGAGGGUCUGCCUAUGGGGGCAGAAAUGACUCCGAUCCUGCCUAUGGUCUGCAAGGUCACCCAAAUACCUGGAAGCGAGAACAAGGGUACACUCCUCCUGUGAUGGGGAACCAGAACCCUGCUGGGAUGUAUCCAGUCCCUGGUUCCAAGAAGACCUAUAUCACAGAUCCUGUGUCAGCCCCCUCGCCACCACUGCAGCCAAAGGGUGGACACACAGGGUCUAUGGGGCCUCCAUCUAUGCCUCCUUCAUUCYGCCCAGAAGAUGAGCUCGAGCACCUAACCAAAAAGAUGCUAUAUGACAUGGAAAAUCCACCUUCGGAUGAAUACUUUGGCCGCUGUGCUCGCUGUGGGGAAAAUGUAGUUGGGGAAGGUACAGGAUGUACUGCCAUGGAUCAGGUCUUCCAUGUGGAUUGUUUCACCUGCAUCAUCUGCAACAACAAGCUCCGAGGGCAGCCCUUCUAUGCUGUUGAAAAGAAAGCAUACUGUGAGCCCUGCUACAUUAAUACUCUGGAGCAGUGCAACGUGUGUUCCAAGCCCAUCAUGGAGAGGAUUCUCCGUGCUACCGGGAAGGCCUAUCAUCCUCACUGCUUCACCUGUGUGAUGUGCCACCGCAGCUUGGAUGGCAUCCCAUUCACCGUGGAUGCUGGUGGACUCAUUCACUGCAUUGAGGACUUCCACAAGAAGUUUGCCCCUCGAUGUUCCGUGUGCAAGGAGCCUAUCAUGCCAGCCCCUGGCCAGGAGGAGACCGUCCGUAUUGUGGCUCUGGAUCGUGACUUCCACGUGCACUGCUACCGCUGUGAGGAUUGUGGUGGUCUCUUAUCUGAAGGAGACAACCAAGGCUGCUACCCCUUGGAUGGACACAUCCUCUGUAAGACCUGCAAUUCUACGCGCAUCAGAGUGUUAACCGCCAAGGCGAGCACCGACCUGUAGAUUCAGUGGUCUAUUAACAGCUUAGUGCACAGCGUUGCGAAGAAUGAAACACAGAAAGAGAUAAGAAAAAA